AGCCAUUUUGGCUCAAGCCGCUCUGGCUCGAGACAGCGCCGGGGCCCGGCCUCGCCUCUCACGCCGCCCGCGGCCGCCUGUGGCGGGCAGACGGGCCGAGCAUGCCCUCCUCCAGAUCCCGGUCCGCGCUGCUCCCCGUGGGCCUCGCGGCGGCGUGCCUCUGCGCGGGCCGCGUCUUCGUGGCCCCGCGCCCGCCCAGCCUGCGGCCGCAGGGCGGCAGGGCGCUCACCGCGCGGCAGGGCGCGGCCAACAGCGUGCCGACGGGCCUCGUGUACCCCUCGCCGGAGGAGGCGGCGAAGACGCGCGAGGUGGACGGCAUCAAGCUGUACUCCACCCACGCCUGGACCGACGACAUGGUGCCCAUCCUCGAGGCCAAGAGCAAACCGGCGCAGGCGCCAGUGAUGAUCGGCGUGGCCGCGGACUCCGGCUGCGGCAAGUCCACGUUCCUCAGGCGCGUGCUCGGCGCUUUGGGCACCGAGUUAAGCUACUCAAAAUGGCUGACGGUCAUGUACCAUCGGACAUCGGGAAACGAGCAAACGGCCAUCGGACAUAUGAUAUGCAAGCCCAGGCACACGCCCAUCGGCGACAUGCUGACGGUCAUCUGCCUGGACGACUACCACAUCAACGACCGCGCCGGCCGCAAGGCGACCUCUCUGAGCGCGCUGGACGCCCGCGAGAACGACUUCGCGCUGAUGGGAGCGCAGAUCGAGGCCCUGAAGCAGGGCAAGGCCAUCUACAAGCCGAUCUACAACCACGACACCGGCAACAAGGACCCCCCCGAGCUGAUCCAGCCGAACAAGGUCUUCGUCGUGGAGGGCCUCCACCCGAUCUACGACGAGAAGGUGCGUGCUAACCUCGACAUGGCACUCUACAUCGACAUCGUCGACGACGUCAAGUUCGCCUGGAAGAUCCAGCGCGACGUGGCCGAGCGCGGCUGGACCGAGGAUCAGGUCAGGGAGGAUAUCGAGAAGAGGCUGCCCGACUUCGCCCAAUACGUUGACCCGCAAAAGAAGGACGCCGACGUGGUCCUGCGCUACGAGCCCUCCGACCAGGGCCUGCCUUACCUCAAGGUCAAGCUCAUCCAGAAGAAGGGUGGCGCUUUCCCGGCGAUCUCGCUCAAGAAGGAGCUGUCCCUCACUGGGAGCAAGCCGGGCGCCACUAUCAAGCAGUACGAUGACGAUUGGUACGGCAGCCCAGUGAGGGUAAUCGAGAUGGACGGAGAGAUCGACAUGGACAACAUGGCCGAGCAGGUGGCCGAGAUCGAGGCCAACAUCGAGGGUCUGAAUGGCCGCAGUCCCAGCGAGCUCACGGAUGCGAUGGUCAAGCUUAAGGACAGCCCUGGUUCGCAGAACGGCACUGGGCUCCUUCAGGCUAUCAUCGCCAUGAAGAUCCGCGAGGUUUACGACAAGCUCACCGCCUGAUCUUGGCAUUACCGAGAGGGUGAUGCAGCGUUGCGGCUUCGUCUUGAAGUAUGUUCUACAGGUUUUGUUUUGUUAAAUACAAGCGUGAGAAGUUUUCCGGCACAGACCAUGGUUCAACAUCCAGGUCGUUCGUCACAUUUUGACAGGUGUUCAAAA